UAUUAAAAAACUCAAACUGGGCGCAAGAGAAGCUGCGAAGUUGGCCAUGAUCUGCAGCGGCGUGUCUUUGCUCUGCUUUUCCACUCUUUUUAUCGUCGGCUGCGAAAGCAUCAACCUCGGUGGAAUCAACAUCCCUUACACCACUGGGCCCACCCUGACUCUGUCUCACCGGAACCUGACUGGAAGCUGUAAUGUGAACUGUGGCUGUAAGAUUCAUGAAUACGCACCCGUCUGCGGCUCUGACGGCAUCACGUACUUCAACCCCUGUCUGGCUGGAUGCAGCAACAUCGCCAACCACACCUCAGGAAUCAGAAACUAUUCGGACUGCGCAUGCGUUCAGAGUCGUCAGGUGAUCACACCGUCAGGAGGAAACCACGAGCUGCAGCUGGUGAUCGUCAAGACGUACCUGAACGAGAACGGCUUCGCUCUGGCGGGAAAGUGUGAGCGCACCUGCGGGACCCUCAUUACCUUCCUCAUCUUUCUCUUUAUUGUCACGCUCAUCACAGCUUGUGCGCAGCCCUCCGUCAUCAUCGUUACGCUCAGGUCAGUGGAUGAAGAGACAGGCCAUUUGCUUUGGGAAUGCAGUUCGUUCUUCUCAGGACUCUUGGUAGGAUUGGCCUACAUCCCCACUCCUAUCUAUUUGGAGCUGUGA